GUUCUAUUACCAUCUACCUCCAUUCAUUCAUCUAUCUAGGUUUGUAUUUUCUACCUUGCAUCCCACAUCUCUAUCUACCUGCCCACAUUUGUAUCUACUGUUCAUAUAAACUAUAUUCCCAUCUCGUCACAUCAUAGCCAUUAAUCUCUCCCUGCUCAUUGGCCUGCAUCUCGCUGACGUGAGGUCAUAUGAUUGAUAUGAAUUUCAACGACGAAAAAUGAAUGAAUGCAACAACUAAUCACUUCAUGUGGUGGACUUUUGGACUCUAUGGACUCUAUGGACUUCACAGCCUUCACAGCCUUCUCUAUGGAUUAAGAUUCUAAUAAUAUAUCCUCAUAUCGUACCCCUUCCCACCAUUUCUUUCUGUACAUACCGACUCUAUUCCAUCCUCUUCCACCCUAUCUAGAUACCCAAUAUCGACAUACAUCGUCAAUCUCGUCAAUUUCGCCCGUCAACUUCAUCUACCACUCACAGCUCAGCAUCCACCAAUUCGCAAAUUGCAAUACAAAUUUCACCAAAAAAGUCCUCCAGAGCUAUUAUAGGCACUUAUUAAAUCCUCCAAUACAAUAUCUCCCGCGCGCCCGGACCCAACUCGAUACAUCAUCACCCUGGUCGCAAGUUUCCUAUUUGUACACCAUUCCAUUGCUUUGAACGGAUUCUAGUAAAUGUGCGACGUCAAUCGACUCGCUCAAAUCAUUUCGAAACUCCGAACCUAGUAAUAGCGACAGGCGCCACUCUUCUUCCUUGUCCCAAACCGCCGCGACCCAAUUAGUGCUCAGUCCAGAUUUCAGACUCCAAAACAUUUCUGCGUAUGAAUGCAUAGCGAGCUUGAGGAGUGUCAGCAGCCGACGAGCGUACCUGGCGAUGUCACAGCUUUCGCAACAGAUGGCCGAGAGGCCUUCUGAUACGCAGCUUCAUUAUCUGCCACAAGAAAGCCCCACAGCUGGUCGCACUCAACUUUCUCCUUCACCAAAUAACUCUUCACCUGUCUGGGAAACGCGCAGUAGUUCCCUGCGCAAGCCUGCUCCUAGUCCGUUACAAACAAGUACUACUCCUACAUCACCUUCAAGCAGUGUCACUCCGACAAGAACCACAUUUCCGGUGAAGGGUUCUGGCGAGCAAUAUCCUUUCAUAAGUACGAAAGCAAGUCAGAGUCCUCUGCAGGAGCCUCGAUCGCCAAAAGAGCGCCUUGAUGAUUUAUUGGCGACGGAGAAGAACUUCUAUACUUCUGACCACACUGCCAAACCACCCCAAAUACCAGGCAAUUUGAGAUACGGCCGACCAUUACAGGAAACGACUUCGAAUGCCCCGAUACGAAGCGUCUCAACUCCUAUCCUGGCAAACGUAGGUUCAACCUCACCUACCGAUAAACCACCUGCGAUGACAUCUACCACACCUGCACAUCGUAUCGAAAUGGGUCGACAACCUCCUCGAACUUCUUCAAUUGAUUCUGCUAUUUCCUCGAUAUCAAGUAGCGGACAUUCACACAAAAACUCGCAGGAUUCCAAAGGCUUGAGUCCACAAAUUGAUGUUGCACAACUCAUUCAAGCAGCAGGGUCGCCGGAGGCGGCUAUACAAUAUUUAAUCAAAGAAAAGCAAUCACAAACCGCACAGAAUUCACAAUUAUGGCGUUUGGUAGAUAAACAAAGGGCGAUGAUCUUGGGGUUAAACAAGGACCUUGAGCGAGCCCUAAAGGACAAGGAGCGAUACAGGAAAAAGCUGAAGGAGAAUCUCACACAAAAUGCAAAUCCAUCACCUGUAGAUUCGACACAAGGUCCAACGUCAGAAUCCGGGGAAAUGACUUCAGAGUUGAGGAUCGCUGAGAUUUCAGUUCCAAAAAGUAUCGACGGACACUUGAACUCCGAUGGGUCCAAAAAUGGAUCUCCAGCGCAACAUUCGCCCAUGGAUUGUGCUCUAGCGCCAUAUCCAAUUACCCCUCCAGCACUAGCAACACCGGGACUGUCUAACAUGGUGGAGGCCGAGCAGAAGAUGCCUUCACCGACUAAGCACGCCUUUCAGCAAUACAAUCCUGAUUCUCCACCCUUGGGAUUUGAGGCAUCUCAACUUCAAAGAAAGAACCAAGCGGUGUCCAGUGACAUGCCAUAUAAUGCAAGCGUACCACCUUCACGGAAUCUACCUUUGGAUUCUCCACGGGGACCACCACCGACAGCACCCCUCCCGCCGCCCAUGUCAUCACAAGGCCCUUCAAUGGCAGUCAUGGAAUCAUUGCCAAAGGUCGAUCGUGGAUCUCCCAAAUACCCACCGCCGAGGAAAGCUCCACCGGCGCCACUAAAUCUUGGCAAAAGAACUGGGCCUAGUACGCAUUUACGACAGGCUUCGGAGACGAAAGAAGAGUCUGAUUCAGAUUAUGAUGAUAUAUUGGAGGUUGAACAGAUCCCAUCGUUCCCUGAUAGAGGUCGACGGAAGACUAGAGAAGAGGAUGAUAGAGUGCGAGAGAUUGCAGCGGCACGAGAUGCUGAGGCAAGAAGCCUUUCGAAGAAAAGCUCGAAGAGUAGCGUGAAAGGAACCCCAAAGUCAGCAUCAACCACACCGAAGGAAAUAAUACCAGCAAUGCCUCUAAGCCCGCGACAAACUGUUCCAAUCUCACCACCUGAUGCUCAUUUGCGGGCUCUUUCCCCACAAGAUGAGAGUACCGGUUCCUUGGCAGGUAUGUUGAGUGCAUCAAGAUCACCUCCUCCAAAAACAGGGAUGAUGUCUCCUCCAAUGAUGAGUCCUGGUUUACCACAGAGCCCAAGACCAAUGGGUAUGUCUUCAAGACAAAACUCAUCUCAUUCAUCGAUGGCUUCACCUCCGUUGUCUCCUCGAGGAAUGGGCGCUUUUUCAGGUGCCGUACCAUUAUCACCACGAGCUCCACGACAGCCAAUUCCCCUUCCUCCCGGUACUCCAAUGUCAAUUGUUUCCCCCCAUGCACCCCGUGCGGAACCGUUAGUUCUCGUCUCCCCGCAACCAUUGGUGAUCAAUAAAAGAUCCGAGGAAACUCUCAACACUCUCAAAUCCGAGGAAACUCUAGUCAAUGAAAGUGUUCAGGGAAGGCGGCCAAGCGACUCUCCGACUUCUACUCAUUCUGGAAACGUGGUUUAUAAAGGACUUGUCACCGAUGAAUACCCAGACCUACUUCUUCCCCCAAAUGCUUUGCCAUCAAUAGAUGUGAAGGUGGCUUCGUCACGUUUGAAGCCUUCGAGAGCUAGUCUGAUGUUUCCAGCCAAUCUAGAGACUGAUCCGGUUUUCACUCUUGCAGUAUUCGCGCGAUCGGAUGGUAAAGAACUAUGGAGAGUGGAGAAAGACUCGGCGUCAUUGGUACAUUUAGACCAGAUCUUGAAACAGUGCCCUACUUUUACAGCCAGGACGCCGGAUAAAUAUCUCUUCAGUGGCCACUCUCCAGCUAAGAUUGAUGCCAGGCGUGCGGCACUCGAUCAUUAUCUUGAUGAGCUCCUCAAUACAGAGCUGGAUACUAAUUCUGCGUUGGAGAUCUGUCGAUACUUGUCCUCGAAUACAAUGGAGCCACACGCCGAUGACCUGACUCCAAGUAGUGACACGGGUUCCGAAAGUCCUGUGAAGACUGGACCAGGUGGCAGACCUCUGAAGAAUGGCUACUUGACCAAGAAAGGUAAAAACUUUGGAGGUUGGAAAGCACGAUUCUUUGUGUUGGAUGGCCCCGUGUUCAAAUAUUACGAGUCGCCUGGCGGACCACAUCUAGGAACCAUCAAACUCCAAGGCGCUCAGAUUGGAAAACAAUCCCAGCAGACUGAUCCAUCACCAUCUUCUCGAGGGGAAGGUGAUGAUGUUGACAAUCAAUAUCGACAUGCAUUUUUGAUUUUGGAGCCGAAGAGAAAAGAUUCUUCUAGCCUUGUGAGACAUGUUCUGUGUGCUGAGAGCGAUAAGGAACGCGACGAAUGGGUCGAGGCUCUUCUUAGAUACGUUGAUCUCAAAGAUGAGGAUGAGCCUCGUCGUCCAAGUCAUGCUCGCUCUGGUUCAGGCAACUCUCAUCCACAUGCAAGAAGAAAGGGAAGUGCUCAAGGGAAGCUGGGCGAGAACAACGAUUUGCGUGCUAUUGGAUAUGACAUGACAAAGCAAGGCGCUGCACCACAUGGUUCGAAAUUGAAGAACUCGGACACACCGUCGCCUCCAAGCCAUGGCCACGAAAGAGACCCAAUGUCACUCCCACACUCUCAAUCCAUGAAAUCUAUUUCUGGUCCAAAGAACGCCCACCCAAUUCAGGAUGCUGGUUCAUGGGGAAAUAAAUCGGGGGCAUUGCUCCCAGAUGAAAAAAUCAAACAGAAGAAACGUAGCUUUUUUGGAUUUGGCUCAAAACCAAGGCCAUCGGUAGACUUACCAGACUUGUCAAUCAAUAUGUCGAAUCAUAAUUUGUCCCAGAUGGCCUACGAUCAGCAUGGUCCAAUUAGACCAGUUUUUGGAACUCCAUUAACUGAAGCUGUGAGGUACAAUCAUCCAGCCGAUGUUCAAGUUGAGCUUCCAGCAGUCAUUUAUCGAUGCAUUGAAUACUUGGAUGCGAAGAAUGCUGCAGGCGAAGAAGGAAUUUUCAGAUUGAGCGGAUCCAACGUUGUCAUUAGACAGCUUCGGGAACGCUUCAAUGUCGAGGGUGACGUGAACUUGGUUACUGACGAUCAGUACUAUGACAUACAUGCUGUGGCCUCUCUGCUGAAGUUAUACUUGAGAGAAUUGCCAACCACUAUAUUAACCCGUGAACUUCACCUCGAAUUUAUUGCAGUUACAGAGCUUCACGACGUAAAUGAGAAAAUCAGCGCUCUCAAUGGUUUGGUCCACAGACUACCACGAGCAAACAACAUAUUGCUCAGAUAUCUGGCUGGUUUCCUUAUCAACAUCAUCAAUCAUUCAGAUGUAAACAAGAUGACUGUUCGAAAUGUUGGGAUUGUAUUCUCGCCAACUCUCAAUAUUCCGGCUCCUGUUUUUGCUCUUUUCUUGCAACAAUAUGAUGGCAUUUUUGAAUACGAGCCCAAUGAGCAUGAACGUCGUCCUGUGGAGGUAACAGUUACCGCCCCCGCUUUGUCUCCUGAAGAUAUUCGCUCUCCUCGACGCCAAAAAUUUCAGCAAGAUCUCCCAACACCAUCCUUCAACCAGCAAUCUUUUGGUCAGCAAGGCCCAGGAUUUGCUGGGUUUAACGCAAUGGCUGGGCCCGAUUAUGGUAGUCGAGGCAAUACAUUAGGAAUUUCUUCCCAUGACCAGCAACACGGGGCUACUAAAUCGAAGAGGAGAGAAAGUAGCAUGUUCAACAUGGGCAUGGGGCUGGGACAGAAGAAAUCUACCAACAGAUUGAAAGAGAAUGAUCCUCGUUUAGUCGACGAAGAAUCAUUCUUCGAUUAGACAGAUAUCAUUCAUUGAUUGAAUCAACGAACCAUACACGACUUCGGACAGGUGCCCUAGACGUAUCUAUAAUUGCCAACAAGAACAUACAUAAAACACGACUGUAAUUAUAAUAACGACGAUAUUUAUUUCCUCUUCAGAUUUUUCAGGUGCAGCAUUAGCAAGCAAAUUUUCAAUACCCUUUUGACUUUUUGUACAUUACCUUGCAUCCACGCGAGCGGCCCCAAGGAAACGAACAAUGCCAUCUACUACAUACCAUUAUCAAUUCAUAACACCA